UACGGUCAAACUGAAUGUGCAGCAGCUGGUACGCUGAAUUUGCCGUUCGAUGGCUCCACCGGUCAUGUUGGCGGCCCUGCACCUUGGUCUCAGGUCAAAUUGGUGGACGUGGCCGAAAUGAACUACUUUGCGGCACAGGAUAAAGGAGAAGUUUGCUUCCGUGGAGCCGCUGUGAUGAACGGUUACUUCAAGGAUGAAGAGCUCUCCAAGAAGACCAUAGAUGAGGAGGGCUGGCUUCAUACUGGCGACAUUGGUGAAUGGCAGCCGAAUGGAGCGCUGAAAAUUAUAGAUCGAAAAAAUGCGCUAUUCAAACUCGCUCAAGGUGAUUUUGUAUCACCGGAACAAAUUGAAGCCGUCUACCUCAACUCGUCUCUUAUAGAGCAGAUAUUCAUCACUGGAAUGACCACGCGAUCAUUUCUUGUCGGCAUUGCUGUUGUGAAUAUGCCCAAUCUGCGGACAGCUAUCGCUGGACGACCGGAGGAAUUCACUGCGGAAAAUGGUCUCGUCACGCCAACUUUAAAACUGCGACGUCACCUGCUGAAAAAGCGAUUCGAAAAAGAAAUAGAAAGAAUGUACACGGAAAUAUCGACUUUGUAG